AUGGGAAACAUUUUCGGAUCUUCGACGUUAAAAGAUGUCAACCUUGAAACAUUUCAUCUUGUUUGGCUUGAUCCAGCAGCUGAUGACACUGCCGAAGAUGAAGAAGGUCAACAACUACUUCGCACAUCAAUCAACUAUUUAAGAAAAUUCAAAGAUAUAGAAAAAUGUGAAAAUUAUAUUCAAACUGUAUCAAAAAGUGAUCGAAUUGUUUUUAUUGUCACUGGUCGACUUGGUCAAGAAAUGAUGCCACGUAUUCAUCAACUUCGACAAAUUUCAUCCAUCUAUAUUUACUGCAUGGAUAAGGACUAUCAUGAAGAAUGGUCAAAAGAUUUUACAAAAGUGAGAGGCGUAGUUGUAGAAUUAGAAGAUCUUGUGACAAAAAUUCGAUCAGAUCAAAUAACGCGAAUACGUAACAAAGUAGACGAACCCGUUUCUAUUAGUAUUUUUGAUCCCAAUAUCGAUAGCAGACAAUGGACAAUGGGAUCCAAUACACAAUUCAUUUAUUCACAAUCAUUGAUUGAUUUUUUCCUUCGUAUGAAACCAACAACCAAAGAUAAAACUGAUCUUAUUUCUCUAUGUGAGGAAGAAUAUUUCAAUAAUAAACCUGAAUUAGCCAUAGUUCAUGAAUUUCAACGAGACUAUCGACCAGAACGUGCACUAUGGUGGUAUACUCGAGAUUCUUUUCUUUCGCGAUUACUGAAUAAAGCUCUUCGAGUACAAAAUACGAAUUUACUUUUACUCUUUCGAUUUUUUAUUCAUGAUAUCGAUCGACAACUUCGAUAUUAUCAAUCUAAAUCUGUCAUGUAUGUGUAUCGAAGUCAAUUAAUGUCAAAUGAUGAAUUACAAUUAUUCAAAGAUUCAAUUGGUAAAUUCAUUGCUAUGGAUUCUUUUCUUUCUACUAUACUAAAUCGUGAGCAAGCUAUUGAUUUCGUCAAAACUCUCAUUCCAGUAAAUGAACUACAACAUACUUUAUUCGAAAUUGAGGCUGAUCCUCAAUAUGCUACUAGUAAACCAUUUGCUAAUAUAACAGCAUAUAGUUAUCAUGCUAAUGAAGAAAUUCUUUUUAUGAUCGGAUCUAUCUUUCGAUUGAUUGAUAUUCGUUGUGAUAACGAUCAAGUAUGGAUUAUUCGAAUGAAAUUAUGCAAUGAAGAUGAUCAAAACAUAAAAUCAACUUUUGAUUAUAUUAAAAAGGAUCAAAAUGAAGAAACAAAUCUAUUUUCAUUUAUUAAUAUUCUACGACGAUUGGGUAAAUCUGAUGAAGCAGAAAAAUAUUGUCUUCGUUUAUCUGUUGAAUUACCUCGCAAUGAUUAUGAUCUUUCUGUAUGCUAUCAAAUACUUGGAAACCUUGCGAGUGAAAAUAAUGAUUUAGAAACAUGUUUAACAUGGUAUAAAAAAUCGCUUGAAUGUGCUACACGAAGUUUAAAAUCUCUCGAUCCUCGUUUGAUAACUAAUUAUACUACGAUUGCAGCUGUUUAUCGACAGAAAGGCGAUUAUAAACAAGCACUGGAAUUAUAUAAUAAAACAUUAACAAUUGCAAAAGAAGUAUUUGGUGAAGAACAUUUUUGUAUAGCCGAAUAUUAUAAAAAUAUUGGCAUAAUCUACCAGGCUAAUAAACAAUGGUUUGAUGCUCUGGAUUAUUAUUUGAAGGCAUUGGUAAUUCAACAUAAGCAAUCAUCAAUGGAACAUACUCAAAUUAGUCUAUUGCUCAAUAAUAUGGCUGAUUGUCAUGCUGACCUUGGUCUUUACGAUUUAGCUUUAACACAUUAUGAUCUAUCAUUAAAAACAUUAAAGACAUCAGAAUUACCACAAAAUCGAAAUGUAGCAUCGACACUUCAUAAAAUAGGAUGUGUUUAUGAAAAGAAAAAGGAUUUACAACAAACUCUAUCGUAUUAUCAACAAGCAAUCAAUAUCUAUCGUCAUACUCUCACAUCGACACAUCCUACUUUUAUCCAACUUGAACAAGAUGUUCAACGUAUUUCAUCCGAACUUGAGAAAAAAAAUUAA